GAACGCAAAGCGAAGCGCGUUUGCAUAGACGAGGAGCGUCCAGACUCUGCGCACACGGACUGAAGUUUUGAGUGCAGUUUAAGGUUGAUUAUGCUCAACGAAGAAGAACGAGGAGACGCAAAAUAAGAAAGGCUGGAUGUGACUCACAGAAAUUAUGCUUCUGACUACGAUUUACUGAUUGGGAGUGCGCUCCUCCGGGCUGUGGUGGAUGUAUGGUUGACUCAAGAACCCAUAACUUUUGUGUUAUAAUUUUCUUCGUAGAAACUAACUCAGUGCCGUUGUGAUGGAGAUCCACAUGUCGUUAACAUGGAUGCUGUUGUGUCUGCUCCUGCGGCCGUCGGCUACACAGAUCAACACACCUGAAGGAGUGCUGAACUGCUGCGAGGGUGAUGUCCUCUUCUUACUGGAUUCUUCAGGGAGUGUGUCGUCCUACGAGCACUCACGAAUGCUCACCUUCUUGUCUGAGCUCCUCCUCCCCUUCUCACUGGGAGAGGACCAGGUGAGGGUAGGACUUCUGCAGGUGGGCACCCGACCACGCCUCGAGUUUGGCUUUGACACCCAUAGCACUCAAAGUAGCCUCCAGGCGGCUUUGAGGAGCAUCAAACCUCUCAGGGGGGACACCAACACAGUGGAGGCGCUGAGAAUGGCAAAGGAGUGGGUGCUGAGACCUGAAGCAGCGAACGGGGCUCGGCCGGGGCUCCCGAGAGUGCUGGUGUGGUUGACGGAUGGGGUGAAACCGGGUGAUGUGAUUGGACCAAUGGCCGAGCUGCGGGAGGAGGGGGUGGCUGUGCUGGUGGUCUCCACUGGGCAUGGCAACUAUCAGGUGUUGAGGAAAGUGGUGACCCCGCCUGUGGAAAACCACCUGUACUUUGUGGACAUCGAUGAUAUGAGUAUCAUCACAGAGGACCUGAGGGAUGCCAUCAUUGAGAUUAUCCGAGCGGAGCGAAUCCAGGUCCGUGACAUCUCCUCCAACUCUGCCGUGCUCCAGUGGCGACCCGUUCUUACCGGUUUGACGGGCUACUACGAGGUCCGCUUUGGUCCGCUUCCAACGGGAGGACCAGGGGGUGAUGAAGGAGGUGUAAAUGAGACCAGUCCCAGCACCAGUGGUAGUGAUUACCAGAGACUAACCCAAUCUGCAGAUUCCAGCACUGCCAGGCUAACAGGCCUGAAGCCCGAUACCACCUAUACCGCCAAACUGACCCCGAAGUCCAAUGAACAAGCAUUUAACGCACUCUCUGUCACCUUCACAACAAAGCCAGAGGUGCUUAGCCCAGCUGUGGUAACGGUGUCUGAGUCAGGGCAAACAAGCGUUCGGGUGAGUUGGGGUCCUCUUCAGCCAGAGAUGGUCACAAGUUAUUACAUCGAGUACUCCGGCCUGCCCAGGGGCAAGCUCCACGCUGUCACAGUGGGUCGAACACAAAAUUCCACGCUCCUCAGAGACCUCCAACCAGAUACCACUUACUUGGUCACCGUUAGUGCCCAGCACACCUCGGGCAAGGAGAAGGCCAUGUCUGUCAAAGUGUGUACUCAGGAAGUGACUCCAGCCCUGGCAGACCUCCAGCUGACCACAGUGGGUAGUAACUCAGUGCAGGUCGACUGGAAGGGGAGUGUAGCCGGUCUGAGGGGCUACUGGCUCACCUGGGAGGGACAGCACAGCUCUGUACCUGGCCAGCGCUCCUCCCUCUAUUUGCCGCCCGACUCUCUGUCAACGCGCCUCACACACCUCCCCCCAUUAGCUAGAGUGUGUGUGUCACCCAUUUACCGGACGGCGCGGGGAGAGGGACUGUGUUGCACGGCACAGUUUCAUUCAGAUGCAUUAGCAUAUGGAUACCAGUCGUAGCACCCCUGAACUGCAAGUGCACCUUACCAAACAUGGAGGGACGAUGGCAAGAAGAAUGCUGACUUUCACCCAUAAUUCUUUUCCGUGCCUCUCCCAUCUGUGGACAUCAUCCAGGAGAGAUGUGUGGUUUGGUUUGCUGAGCACUCACGUGGAAGACACAGACACUUAAGAGUGGUCUGGGACAAUAUGGCCACAUUUUGACUGCUAACAAUCUGCAAUACAGAGGACUAUUUGUUUUUCCAUUUCUAUUGUCUAUCUGGUUUACACCUAAAUGCAUAAUGCUUCAGUUUAAAUAUGCAAGCUUAAGAUAAAGAUAUUUCUUAGGUGCGUUUUGCAGAUACCCAGCAGGGCAUGCUGGGAAUGUUGGAUGUUUUAUGUUGCUUGUUUUGCAGAAAGGCUUUGCACCAUAUGUGGGCCUCAUGCCCAAAUCAGUAUUUUUUUUCAAAUCCUGCUAACACACAGAGAACAUCUGAUUUACAUUUUAAGGAAUACUUAUGGCUUGUACUUAAAUUACUUCUCUUUCAGCACAUGCUUGAUACGCGUGUGUGCACACUGGACUGCAACAAGGGAACGUUAACAUGCGGUCUCUAAUAACAGGAUCUUCAAGAUUGCUUUGAACUUUCCAGAAAUUACAAACAGACCAGCCAUAUGCCCUGAAACUACAGAGAUGCUGCAUAAGAUACAAAUGUGUAUAACUGAGAGUAGUCUUGUAUUGGUCUCUGGACAUAGAUCCAUCAUUCAUAUUUAUUAAAAUAAGAAUAGAAUCAUGCAAGUGUGAGAAUUAAUAGCGUCCAGUAUUUACAAACAUGCUGUUUAUAUUUUAAGACUAACUUUUUUAAGCCAGCCUUUGCUGGCCCCUACUGAAAGGAUCCUUACAGACUUACAGCUGAUCUUUUACUGUUAUUCUCCCAGAGAAAAUGUAUUGUUAUAUUUGUUGAUCACUAUUGAAAUGUAACAUGAGCUUGCAAUAAAGUCCUAUAUAAUUUUGUUUAUACUAAUUAUAGUUUUUUUUAUUAUUGUACAAUCUAGCAUCAUGGACUUCUGAAGAAUAGCUUUUUUUUUUUUUAAAGAGGAGCUCCACUGAUUUUACAUGUCAGUUUCAGUUUACCAGUCAUGAGGAGUACUACUCAGCCAGUGAAAACAGUUGUAUAAUGUCUUUGUGGCUCUGCAGGAGCUUUGAAAUGAUCAUUUAGCAGGCAGAUAGAGUCAUGAAUUCAGCAUUUUUGGAGUUUGACCCAUACUAGGGACUAGAAUUCAGGAUAUCUUGGCCUCUGCUGCUUCGAUUUAGACGAUUCAUUUUAAAAUCUGUCUCUUGCAAGUCCCCCAACUUUUUGCAAAUGCAAAACUAAAUAAAUAAAGCACCCCUGUCAUGGUUUUGGGGUUUUGUCCUGUUAUUUCCUGUUUCAUUUUGAAGUGUUCUCUUCGCCUCUGUGUCUUGUUGUUUUACUUCCUGUCUUUGUUUGCUUUUCCCUCCAGUUUUGAUUGUUUUCCCCGCCCUAAUUAGUAGCACCUGUGUCUCGUUGUCGUCCUUACCUGAGUGUAUUUAGUCUGUGUUCUUCCUUUGUUCUGUGUUGGAUCAUCAUUGUACCAUUGUCAAGCGUCCUGGCAUUUGUUUCCUGUGAGUUCUGAUGGAAUUAUUCUUUGUCUCUCUUGGACGUGUCUGGAUUCUGGAUUUUGAACUUUGCCUGCUCCAUGUCGGAUUUGUUUAACCUUGUUGGACUUAUUCCCUGUUUUCGACCACUGCCGGCCUGUAACCUGUGUAAGCUUUUCCUUACCAAUAAAAUGUAUUGAACUGCA